AUGUCUACUGAGGAUACUGAGAGGAUGCUGGAUCGAGAUGACAUCUCGAUGAGUGGUGACGAUGUCAUUCCAAACGCUAUAGUGAUUAAGAACAUCCCAUUUGCCGUCAAGAAAGAACAACUUUUGGAUAUCAUUAGUGAUAUGUGUUUGCCUUUGCCUUAUGCGUUCAACUACCAUUUUGAUAAUGGUAUCUUUAGAGGUCUGGCAUUUGCUAAUUUCACCACACCCGACGAAACUAUGCUUGUUAUCGAGAAUCUCAAUGGUAAAGAAAUUAAUGGCAGAAAAUUGAAAGUUGAAUACAAGAAAUUGUUACCACAAGCAGAAAGAGAAAGAAUAGAAAGAGAGAAGCGUGAAAAGAGAGGCCAACUCGAAGAACAACAUCGCUCUGCAUCAAAUUUAUCACUAAAUUCCUUAACCACAACAAACAACGUCUCUUCCUCUACGCAGUUAUUCGCAAAUUUCAUCAACGGUAGCACUACUUCUUCAGCGGUUCCGUCUGGCGUUACAGGUGCCGCCACAUCGGUUUUGUCCCAACAGCAACAACAACAACAACAACAGCAGCAGCAGCAGCCCUUACUAUCAGCACAGAGCACUUCGAAUUCUUUGUCGCAUCAUUUCAUGAAAAAUCCUUCCCAAUCGUUUGGUAAUAUUUCUCAGCAACAAAAUUUAUUGACCACAGAACGUUACUAUGCUCCUUUACCUUCUGCUACUACAGUCCCUAUCCCCCCUCAACAGUUAGAUUUUAAUGACCCCGACACUUUGGAAAUUUAUUCUCAAUUGCUACUAUUCAAAGAUAAAGAUAAAUAUUAUCACGAAUUAGCAUACCCAAUAGGACUCUCGGCAAAUCAUAAACGUAUUAUCAACGUCCUUUGUUCCUUCAUGAACCUGGUGGAAAUCUAUGACCCUAGAUUCGUUAUCAUUAGAAGAAAAAUCUUAGAUUCUGCAAAUUUACAAUCCCAUUUACAACAACAAGGUCAAUUACCAAUGAUGCAUCCCUUGCAACCAAAUUCAACAGGUGGUUCUUUGAAUAGAUCACAUUCAUAUACCAGUCUCUUGCAAGCUCAUGCGUCCGCCGCGGCAGCAGCAAUCAAUUCUUCCAAUACAUCUACCACUACCCACAAUAAUGUCAACGAUAUAAAUAAUCAUAACAAUAACAACAACUCUACCAUGGCCACUCCCGGGACAACUUCCAACAAUACAACGGUAGGGUUACUAAAUAAUGCCGCAAAUACCCUACCAACAAACAAUAACAAUAAUAGCAACAGUGCGUCGUCUACUCCAAAAUCUUCCUACUAUAUGCUACAACAACCACAAUCUCUAAACUCUGCCGCACACUCACUCUUAAAUCAAUCGCAACAACAACAACAACAACAACAACAACAACAACAACAACAACAACAGUCUCCAAUUUUUGCAAACCCAGAACAACAACAAUCUGCGACACAACAGCAGACAUUAAUGAGACAACAAGCUACAAUGACUCCAUCUUCAAGAAUUCCCUCCGGUUAUACUUCAUCAACUUUAAUCUCACAAAUGAACCCUUUAUUAAGAAGCUCAAAUGUAAUGUCUCCAAAUUCAAGAAUAAUGUUACCACAAAAUACAAAUGGUUCUAUUCAUUCCUACCAUGAUGCAGAUGAUAACGAACUAGAACAUCAUUUGUCUCGCUCUUUAAGUGGAUUGGACUUAACGAACGCCAAGAAAAAUGUCUGGUAA